AUGUCUUCUUCUAGUGAAUCGGAGCCGCACUCUCCGCAGCUUUCGCACACUUCUGUGGCAGAGUCUAUGGUUUCCAUGAACACUGAGGAUCACAAUGAGUUGUAUGACCACAGGCAGCACAUUAGUGUUCCUCCGCGGUUAGGCCAGGAUUCUCCUGGGAGUUCCAAUCUUAAUGCGAGGCAUAUGAUGCUUGAUGAUAGAGCUAAUGAAGAUUUUGGUUUUAUGAACAUUGAAGGGGCAGACUCUGAUUGCGAGCCACUGGGGAAGGACCACCACAAAUUAAGGUCUACAGCUUUACAAAAUUCUAAUGCGAGACCUUCUAGAUUGGCCCACACAGUUAACCACCAGGAAGUUGUCCAACCUGCGACAAUCACAACCGACAAUAGUGAGUUGAAGAAGAAUGUCUCAGCAAUUUCGGCUUCUCCACCAACAAAGACUCGAAGACAGUCCAAUACAUUUUCACUUACAGACAAGAAACCGCUAAAGAGGACCAUGUCAAGGCAUAACUCCGUGAAUUCUGCUGUGUCAUCUUCAAAUAGGCUUAACUUGGCUGCUGUUUCGAGAAGCAUUUCCCACAAGUCGGUAGAUGAUGAUAACCUCAAACGUAAGAUUACGAGGGCAUCGUUUAGUAGCGACAAUUCUCAGGCAUCCAGAGAGUCUCAAGAGACCGAGGAAGAUGUUUGCUUCCCUAUGCCUCCACAGUUACAUAGCCGUGUUAAUGGCAUAGACUUUGACGAACUAGAGGAAUUUGCAGAGCAAGUCAACGAACAGAAAAAGCUAUGUGAAAUUUCCUUGAGUGCACAGAAGAGUGGCUCAAACGGAAUUCAAGCCUCUGGCUCUUCAUCAUCCGCUAAUUCUUAUAUGUCAGAAGCAGCUCUCAAAUAUACUCCAAAACAUUUAAGAAAAGACCUCUCUCCUCCCAAAUCUGAGUCCCUUAACAGUAACUCAUCCAAUUCUCCUGAUUCUAACCAACCCCAAGGUGUCUCAUUUGGUAAUAACAAGAUUGAAGGUGAAGAUGAGCCAUACGAAGAAAAACCCCAAGCUUAUACCCAAACUCCCGAAAACCAAUUCUACGGAGACGGGAGUUUUAAAGCUCCUGACAGAUUUUCUUUCUUCUCAUCAGAAAUGGAAGAAACGAUACAUGCCACAGAUAUAGCAAACUUAGUGACACCAGGGCAGUCAUUCUUUGACCUCUUCAGGGGCGGAGAGCCAACGUGGUGGCUAGAUUGUAGCUAUCCUACUGAUGAUGAAAUGAGAUGUCUUGCAAAGGCUUUUGGCAUCCAUCCUUUGACUGCUGAAGAUAUUAGAAUGCAAGAAACUCGUGAGAAAGUGGAGUUAUUUAAGUCCUACUAUUUUGUUUGUUUCCAUACAUUUGAAAAUGAUAACGAAUCUGAAGAUUUCCUAGAGCCAAUCAAUGUAUAUGUGGUUGUAUUUAGAUCAGGUGUUUUGACAUUUCACUUUGGACCCAUUUCACAUUGUGCUAAUGUUAGAAGACGUGUGAGACAGCUGCGAGAUUAUGUCGACGUGAACUCUGACUGGCUUUGUUAUGCUCUGAUUGAUGAUAUUACCGAUAGUUUUGCUCCAGUUAUUAGAUCGAUAGAGCUAGAAGCGGACUCAAUUGAAGACUCCGUGUUUAUGGCAAGAGACUUGGAUUUUGCUGCGAUGUUACAAAGGAUCGGUGAAAGUAGGCGCAAAACGAUGACUUUAAUGAGAUUACUAAGUGGCAAAGCAGAUGUCAUCAAAAUGUUCGCCAAGAGAUGUCAAGAUGAGGCUAAUGGUAUCGGUCCUGCAUUGACGUCUGAGGUCAACAUAGCAAAUCUAACUUCAAGCAGUGACCCUAAUGUCAAAUAUAUGCAGAAAUUGCAAAUGAAUACACAACCAAGAGGUGAUAUCGCGCUGUAUCUAGGUGACAUCCAGGAUCAUUUACUGACAAUGUAUCAAAACUUAUCAGCUUAUGAAAAGAUUUUUUCUAGAUCACAUACCAACUACUUAGCACAACUUCAAGUGGAAUCCUUCAACUCCAACAACAAAGUCACAGAAAUGCUUGGUAAAGUGACUAUGAUAGGUACUGUAUUAGUACCACUGAACCUAAUAACUGGUCUUUUCGGUAUGAACGUCAAAGUUCCAGGGCAGGACACCAGUAUUGCAUGGUGGUUUGGCAUUCUUGGCGUGAUGAUCGGAAUUGCAAUUUGUUUAUGGUUCCUCGCAUCACUAUGGAUCAAAAGUCUUGUCCCCCCAGCUACCUUAAACGAGGCCGCUGAAAGUGGAGCCAAGUCAAUUCUCUCUAGUUUCAUCCCCCGGGGACCUAAAAACGAGAAUGACCCAAAAUACUCGCGAGGCAGAUCAAAAUACGGAGGCCCCUCCAACCGUUCGAUAGCAAGUCUGCCAAGCAAAUACAGCAGAUAUGAUUAA